UCACAUAUUUGACAUUUCAAGGUCGGUCUGCCGCACCGCAAACUACAAAAAUUCUUGUUUACGUUUUUUUUUAUAUCAUGGAGCACCCGGGCGAAUCAUUAGUCAACGAAGAAAACACCAGCGAACCAUCAAAAUGUGUAAAAUCUGUAAUGGAUAUGGCCAUUUGGCAAAAGUCUCAAGCCUAUUAUGAUUUAAUUGGCUUCAUCAAUGGCAUUAGUACAGCUAUUCAAGGAAAAAAGCUUACCGACGAAAUGUACAUUUCCAAAACAAUGCAAAAUCUUCUUGGAAUGAUUGAGAAAUUCAAUAAAUUACUCGAAGAGACGCCCCGUUUCGAAGAACCCCAACGUUUCGGCAAUCAGGCCUAUCGUUUGUGGUUUAAGAAAAUGGAAGAGAAUGCUAAAGGUUAUUUAGUCGAAGCACUUGCAGAUGAAAACUGCACUUCUAUAAACGAACUUUAUGUUUACUUAAAAGAGUCAUUUGGCAAUCCAACUCGUAUUGAUUAUGGAACCGGCCACGAAUUGGCCUUCGUAAUGUUUCUUUGUUGUCUAUUCAAAACCAAAGUUCUCGUUGAAGAAGAUAACGUUGCGUGUGCUUUGAAACUAUUCAAUUCAUAUUUGGUCUUUGUAAGACAGUUGCAAAAAACCUACCGAAUGGAACCAGCUGGUAGUCAGGGUGUAUGGAGCUUGGACGAUUACCAAUUUGUUCCAUUCAUUUGGGGAAGUGCUCAAUUGUCAUUUCGCAGUCCGUUUGAUCCAUCAAAAUUCCUGGACCAGAAUAUUAUUGAUGAUUACAAAGAUUCGUACAUGUUCAUAAGUUGCAUCGACUAUAUAUCUCAGGUAAAAACGGGACAUUUUGCUGAACAUUCGAAUCAAUUGUGGAGUAUAUCGGCAGUUCCAUCUUGGAUAAAAAUCAAUUCAGGAUUGGUUAAGAUGUAUCAAAAAGAGAUUCUCUCCAAGUUUCCUGUUAUUCAACAUGUUUAUUUUGGAAACUUAAUGAUCUUUAAGCCAGUAAAGCCUGGAACACCUUUGCCAAAUGCGAGAUUAGGAGUUAUGCCACCUCCUGCUGCUGUGCCAGUCAAACUACCAACAGAGGAAAUAAAGAAAACUUAGAUUUUUCAUAAAAUUCUGAUUGAAUUGAUGUUGCGUUAUUUAUUGAGGAUUGAUUAUAUCGGUAGUUUUAAACACAUUUUGGCAAACUAUUAUAUUUUACAUAAUUUAAACUUAUACUUAUUAUAAUAUUACAACAUUUCUAUGAAUAAAAAAUUUUUCAAUAAA